UGCUUGCACGUGACCAUCGCGAGAUCUAUUUUUUAGGAGACUGAGCACUGCUGUUGGAUACUCAUGUUUCUAUUACAUUACACGCAGCAGAGUUAAGAAUGGCUGAACCUAAGAAAGAAUCGCGGGCAGUUCAGUGCACUGAGACCAACUGUCAUUCAGGCUCGGAUGUCCUGGCUGCCAUUGCUGGGCUGAUUGACCAUCACAUCUUGCCUGAGGAGGUGCACACUCUGUAUGAUGAAGUCACAGAACUUGUCCAGAAAAGCCGUGUGAAGGACGAGUACAAUGAGGAGCUGAACCUGAAGCUACGUCAACUGGAGAACGAAAACAAGGAUCUGAGGGAAACUGUGGAUAUCUUCAGACAGGGGACUGGGAAUAUCAGAAGCAUGGGAUCAUCAGGUUGUGAAGAUCUCGACAGAGAUAAUCGGGUGAAUCGGGACAUCAUCCAGAGCUUGCUGUUGAAAGAGGUCAACUUGAGCAAUGAGAACAAGGAACUGCGUGAGAUGUAUCAGAGAGCGAUGGAGAAGAAUGAUAUGAUGGAGGGCGUUGCCCGGCAAUGUGCCCAUCUACAGGAGUUAAACUCCCAGCUUCAGAAGGAGACUGAAAAGCUGAGGUGGGUGGAGACUCUGUACAGUCAGAAGGAGAGGGAGUUGGAAUACAGCCAGAACAAGCUGCAGAAGCUGCAGCAACUCCACAACAUCCUCCGGGGCAACGCCCAGAGAUCCAUCAUCACUCCACAGUCUCCUCUCAAAGAAGAGGACCACCCUCAACAUCAGGAACAGGCCAUCCGUUCCUUGAAACGUGGCCGGUUUGUGAUGGAGAAGAGUUGUCCAUAUGAGUGUUCCAAGUGCUCCAAGUUCUUCCCGACCAAGCAGGUGUCUGAGGAGUCCACUUGCUGUUACCACCACAAGAAGCCUGUGAAGGCCAUCCUGCGAUGUGAAGACGGAACUGUAGAUCCUGUUAGUCCUCCUGACUGGUUUUGGCCAUGUUGUCAGAAGAUAGGAAGAAAUGCUGUGAAAUGUGUUCAGAACAGCAGUCACAAGUUCAAUGUAGAUCAUGGUAAAAAUCCUGAGAGCUAAUACCAAUCUUGAAUAAUCAGUUCCUUCAAGCUGCUGCUGAGUCUUCUACCCAUCAUGUAAAUCUGUCUCAGUAUGACAUAUACCACUUUACAAAUACAUGUCAGUUUGUCUGUUCAUUUGAAGGUGAGAUAUAACUGUACAUAUUGCUGUACAGAAAUAUCUGUACCAAACAUACUCAACAUACAGGUACAUUUCACCUGUACAGUACAGAUGGUCAUAUUAUGAUAAAUCAUGAGGCCCAUUUCAUGAAGCAGUUGCAGCACUGUGACUGUUCAUGUCAGUGUUGAACCAGGGGCUUGCUUGCGUAGAAAUAACUUGCCAACAAAUUUCCUGUAGAAGCAAGUAUUAUUGUCAG